AUGCCUUCCGUUCCCGCAAUAAUCGGGGACUUCUCUGUCCUUCCCGUAACGGUUCCGCCAUUACCAUCAUUCCCCAAAAAUGUUGUCCACUACCUCUACGUGCGGCGGAAUAACCCCAAAAUCCCGACAGCCACCGAUGCUCGUAGCCUCUUCCUAACCAAUGUUCCCGUCGACAGCACCGAGGUCCAUCUUCGCGCCUUGUUCGCCUCACUAGUAGGCGCAGGCCGCUUUGAGAGUGCGACGUUUGAGGACGAGCGAAAAGACGCGCAUUCACAGUCCCACUCACCAAUUGACGUCGCCCAUCCAGCCCACGUUGCCCGCCCGCAGCAAGCCCACAGCAAGAAGCGCAAGCGCGAGGACGAGGAGGUUGAACGAGCGCGGGGGGAAGAAGCGGCGACCCGUCUGCCGAGCACGUGGACCCGGCCGCUGCGCAGGAGCGGCAGCACGGCAGUGGUUUUGCUGGCCGACGAGAAGAGCGUGGAGCAGGUGCUCAAGGCGAUCGCCAAGACGCACAAGACUAAGAAGUACCCUACGUGGGGUGACGACAAUUUGCCCCAGGGGAAGGUGUCGCCGCUGGGCUCUGUCUGGCUCAAGGCGCACAACAGGCUCUCAUACCCCGACAGGCAGCGGUUGCAAGCGUCGGUGGACGCCUUCUCGGCGCUGUUUGCUCGGCGGGAGCAGGAAGCCGCCGAGAUUGCCAAGCGGCUGCGGAACGAGCCGGACGAGGACGGCUUCGUCACGGUCACCAGGGGUGGCAGGGCGGCGCCGGCUAGCCGCACCGAGGCAGAGGAGGCCAAGCGGAAGAUGCUGGAGAAGCAGGAGAAGAAGAAGGAAGAGCUCACCAACUUCUAUCGGUUCCAGCUGCGCGAGCGCAAGAAGGCGGAGCAGGCGGAGCUGCUCAAGAAGUUUGAGGACGACCGGAGGAAGUUGGAGGCGUUGCGGGUCAAGAGGGGCAAGUUUGUACCCGAGUCGUGA